GUGCGACAGACCUGAAACGAAUAUACACAUUGAACCCAAGCUUGAUAUAUCACGCCACCUUAUCACCCUCUCUUACACCAGCAAUAAACACGCCACUGAAUGGGUAAGUCACGCGGGAGUGGGCCAGCCAGCAUAUAGGCACCAUGUACAUCAAGUUUAAAUGGAACGGCACAGGCUUGUGGCAAGACAGGAAAGAUCCUAGCCACCCCAACAGAAUCGGGGUCAAAUUUGAAAACACCAACGCCUGGAUCCUGGGUGUGCCUGGGAAGAUCCCUCCCUGGUGGCGACCUAGUUCCCCCGAAGAAUUGCUUGACUAUUAUGACAAGCUAAUGAUGACUGUUGAUAUCGAUGUUCCCAUGGCUGAUCUCGACUACUUCCUCACGUCCAAUCUUCUCUUCUCCGGCCAACACAUCUUCAUCGCAGAUUCUCCCAAGCCGGACUCUAAUUAUGACCACGGACUCGCCGUUCCUCGUGGCCUCAUUCUCACUGGAUAGGUUGCGGAGAAGUUAAAGUUCUCGACCGGACUCAAGGACGAACUCUCUCUAGCGAGAAUAACAGCGCCCUUCAGGGGGAUCCAGCCCUUUACAAAAUUGUUCAUUGUGUGAAUCUUAGAUCAUAUGUUAAAGGCUAUACCUAGGAACGGUGAUAGCUCCCUCAGGAUCUGUGGGAACGAUUCUUUCACGCCGAUGUCGUGCAUCAAUCCAACAUUAAGUCUAGCCAGAGUGCCUAAAGAAUGUAAGAGUAGCGAUAGUAUAGAUCUAGAUCUGUCAAUCCCAUGACGACUCCUCUAUAGCUGCUCGGGUUACAAUAGAGAAUGCUAUAAUUAUACAUAUUCAGAAAGCCUUUUAAGAUAGAGAAUGAACCCAAGGUGCAAAUUCCCAGUCAUCUUCAAAGAAGAUAUCUCUAGGUUCGUCAUCCAAAUUAUUGAACGUCGAAGGCGCUUACUUUGCAAUCCGUCCUCCCGGCAUAGGCUACAUGGGAUAUUGAGAAUAGAGAUUGCCGGUGGCGAUCACGAAAUAAGAUGAUCCACACGACAUAGAAGGAAAGUAGAGAGCGAGGCCAGG